AUGUCAGCCUCCACCGCACACAGCAGAAGCGGCAGAGAUCUCCUUGGCGUUCCUUCCUCCACGAAGACGUCGUCCCUGAGUGUCCUCCCCCAGGGCAGCAAGCUGAAGCUGCAUCCGAGGUCAGACUCGUCAGAGUGUGAAAAUGAUGAUCCGUUACUGAGAUCUGCAAGUAAAGUCAGAGACAUCAACAGCACUUACGUUAUUUCGGCCUGUAAGAAAACAGAAGACACACCCCUCCUUCCUAACCCUGUGGGGAGGUUGACACUUCAGAGGAGAGCGACCAGGAGCAAGGAACCCUCUUUCCUUGGUCGUGAGUCAGGAGAUGCCGGUGCAAAAACGGCAGAAACACGCCUUGCAUUACAGCGUCGGACUAAGACAGAUUGCAUGGAAAAGUGGAAAGGAAUGCAGGAUGUGGGCGGCAGGACAGAAAAUAGUCGGCCUUCACCAGAAACUGGUAUAAAUGUAAAAGCUGUAAGCAGUGAUAAAGACUUGCCUGUUGCACCUUCUGUACCUUUAACUCCAGACCCAAAAGACCCCGAAAUGAAGGCUGAUGGAAAAGGCGCAGCGACGCGUUCUGCCCUCAGUGGGGUGGGUGAGAACGUUGCCCUGAAGUCCCUACGUGAGCGAGCGCCCGCCGGUUCCCAGAGUCAGACUGAAGCUGUUCGCGCACCGUGCCUGGCAGUUAGGCCCACUGAGAGCAGGUUGGAGACCAGAGUGUCAGGAGCAGGGGCCUCGCAUCACAGGGGUGCUGAGAAGGAAGCCACGAAACUUCCACGUAGAUUUGAAAGCUUAGAGAAAAGGACACCCUUCAAGUGUAUUUCAGAGCCCAGGUCGACACCUAGGCGUGGCGUCCUGCAGCCUCGGAGCCCCGCUGCCUUGGUUCUGAGAAGCAGGAGGCCCACCCUGCAAGUUAAACAGAUGCCCCAGAGCUCUCUUCUUGCAAGUCAGAGGGAAAGGUCACGGGAAAAUACAUUCCUUCUUGAGGAAGAAACCGCACUUCAGAAAACCUCUGCAGAAACAGGGCUCCUGAAGGUGGAGAGCAGCCAAGUGACAGUGGCGGUCAGAGUCAGGCCUUUCAGCAGCCGGGAGAAGAGAGAAGGAGCGCCUCAGGCGGUCUUCCUGGAUGGGGAGGAAAUCGUUGUGGAGCACCCCAGCACACGACAGGUGUACAGCUUUGCCUACGAUCUUUCCUUUUGGUCCGUGGACGAGCGCCACCCGCGCUUCGCGAGCCAGAUGGCCGUGUACCAGGCGCUGGCGGCCCCGCUGCUAGGACAGGCCUUCCAAGGCUUCAACACCUGUCUGUUCGCGUAUGGCCAGACUGGCUCUGGAAAGUCAUACACGAUGAUGGGCUUUAGUGAAGAACCAGGAAUAAUUCCAAGAUUUUGUGAAGAUCUUUUUGCUGAAAUAGCCAAAAAACAAACGGAAGAGGCCAGCUACCACCUUGAGAUGAGCUUCUUCGAAGUCUACAAUGAAAGAAUUCAUGACCUUCUCGUUUGUAAAGGUGAAAAUGGGCAGAGAAAGCAAACGCUGCGAGUGCGGGAGCACCCUGCCUCGGGCCCGUACAUCGAGGGCCUGUCCACGAAUGUUGUCAGUUCUUAUUCUGAUAUCCAGGUCUGGCUGGAGCUGGGGAACAAGCAGAAGGCCACAGCCGCCACCGGCAUGAAUGACAAGAGCUCGCGCUCUCACUCCGUGCUCACGCUGGUGAUGACCCAGGCCAAGACAGAAUUUGUGGAGGGGCAGGAGCUGGACCACAGAAUUCGGAGCCGCAUAAACCUCGUGGACCUGGCUGGCAGUGAGCGGUGUUCAGCGACUGGGACCAGCGGGGAGCGGCUGAAGGAAGGCGUGAGCAUUAACAAGUCGCUGCUGACCCUGGGCAAGGUCAUCUCUGCACUGUCCGAGCAGGCUGGUGGGCGGAGCGUGUUCAUUCCUUACCGCGAGUCUGUCCUCACAUGGCUGCUGAAGGAGAGUCUGAGCGGAAACUCGAAAACCGCCAUGGUGGCCGCGGUCAGCCCGGCGGGCAGCAGCGUGGAGGAGACGCUGAGCACGCUGAGGUACGCGGCGCAGGCCCGCAGCAUCGUCACCGCCGCCAGGGUCAACGAGGACCUCAGCGCCGGGCUCAUCCGGGAAUUGAAAGCAGAGAUUGAAAAGUUAAAAGCUGCCCAAAGAAGCAGUCAGAACGUUGACCCUGAGCGAUACAGGCUCUGCCGGCAAGAAAUAGCCUCCUUGAGGAUGAAGCUGCAUCAGCAGGAGAGACACAUGGCAGACAUGCAGAGAGUGUGGAAAGAAAAACUUGAACAAGCUGAAAAAAGAAGACUUCAAGUAACAGAGGAGCUACAGAGAGCAGGAAUCGCCUUUCGAAUGGACGACCACUCGCCAAACCUGGUCAACCUCAGCGAAGACCCUCAGCUGUCAGAGAUCCUGUCGUAUACGAUCAAAGAGGGGACAACCACAGUCGGAAAGCGCGGACCCGGCUCCAGCCACGAUAUCCAGCUGUCGGGGGUGCUGAUCGCCGACGACCACUGCACCAUCACCAAUUCCGAUGGGACAGUGAGUAUCAUCCCGGUGGGGGAAGCGAAGACAUACGUAAAUGGAAAACUGAUUUCGGAGUCGACGGUGUUGCACCAUGGUGAUCGGGUGAUUCUUGGUGGCGAUCAUUAUUUUAGAUUUAAUCAUCCAAUGGAAGUCCAGAAAGGGGAGCAGCCACCCAGCAGAGAGAAUCCUGUGAGCAAGGGCCCAGAAGACUUCGAGUCGGCCAAAAACGAUUUGCUGAUGGCCCAGAGGUUACAGCUUGAGGCAGAAAUAAAGGAGGCUGAGGUGAGAGCCAAGGAGGAGAUGAUGCAAGGGAUCCAGAUCGUGAAAGAAAUGGCCCAGCUAGAGCUCUCCUCUCAGAAGGCCGCGUAUGAGAGCAAGAUCAAAGUGCUGGAGGCAGAGCUGAAAGAAGAAUCUCAAAGGAAGAAGAUCCAGGAAAUAAACAACGAAAAGGCGAAUCAUAAAAUUGAGGAACUGGAAAAGGCGAAGCAGCGCUUUGAGCAGGAAAUUCACGUCAAUAGAAAGCGGCUGGAAAUGGAGGCCCUGGCGACGAAGCAGGCUUUAGAAGACCACAGGAUUCGGCACGCAAAAAUUCUGGAAGCUCUAGAAACAGAGAAGCAAAGGAUUGCUCAGGAAGUGCAGAUUCUGCAGCAGAAUCAGAGCCACAGGGAUAAAGCCUUCGCAGCGCAGCCCAGUUGGAGCUCCAUGAAGCUGUCCGUCAUGAUUCAGGAAGCCAACGCCAUCAGCAGCAGGCUAAACAGGAAUUACGUUUUUGGCAGACAUGUGGUGUCAGAUAAAGGAAGCAGCUCUGACGCUUGUAUUCGGGUCCGUAACCUGCAGCUCGGGGUCUCAACCGUCUGGAGUCUGGAGAAGUUUGAGUCUAAGCUUGCGGCAAUGAAGGAACUUUAUGAGAGCCGUGGCAGUAGCCGGGGUGAAGAUGUCUUUUGUGGCCCUGAAGAUGAGUGGGAACCCGACAUCACCCAUGUUCCUGUUUCUUCCUUUUCCAGGAGGAGGAGCAGGAGUCUGCUGAACAACAGGAGGGUUUCCGGCUGUCUGCACGACGUCGAGGCCCACGCGGGCCGGAACCUGCGUUCUUCAGGCUGUGCAGGCUUAGUGGGGAAAUCCAGCCCUGUUUACCUGGACUCAGCGGAACCCUUCCUUCCUGGCAUUUGCAAAGAGUUGAUCGGCUCGUCGUUAGAGCUUCUUGGACAGAGUGAUGAUGAAGAAGGCACCGUGGCAGACAGCCUGAUGAGCAGUUUCCUCAGAAUCCACGACGGGGUACUGGCCGUGUCCAGAGCCCACGAAGAGCAGGACGAGGACAGUCAGUGUAGCCUGUUCGCUGACCGAGCAAACCAGUCGCUCGCAGUCCAGGUGACAAGCGCGUUCGAGCAGCUUGCGGUGCUGACGGGACCCUGGGUGAGCGGUGUCCUCCUGGAGGCUGGCUGGGCGGCCCUGCUGGCCGAGCUGCGGCAGGAAGUGAGGACCCUGGGGAGCCGCUUGCAGCUGUUUCUGCAGGGAUGCUCUUCGGAUAUUUCACCGAUGGUCAAAGAGGCUCAAAAGCAAGUGAUCCAAACCGUGCGCCGAGCUGUCGCGUGCGUGGGGCGGUCAGUGGCCCUCAUUGGGGGCCGGCUGCAUCUGCUGGAGAGCGGCGCUCACGGGGCCGCAGGCCUGCAGGAUGAUUUUGUGGGUGCUGUUUGUGAUGGUGUAGAGAUGGGAGUAAAGAGUCUCCUCGAUGCUGGGAUAGAAAAAGCAGAAGAGCUUGAGCGUGAACUCGUAAGACAGAGUCCCCAAGAUGAGGUUACCAAACAGAUGAAAGCUAAUGCCCUGGGACUGAUCGAAUCCCUCGGAAACCUCUUCGCUGGAUGGAAAACAAAAAGCUUCAGAACUCAAGUACAAGAAGAAAAUUCUGAAUAUAAAGAUUUGAAGAAGAUGAUCAAUCUUGCCCAAGAAUUCUUCAAGUUAAAAUGUGGCUUAGAGCAAACUAUUCAAAUUAUUAUUUCUGCGCUGAGAGGGCACCGCGGGGACGUGGCCCUCCUCCAGGACUGUGUGCAGCGUCUCUGCAGCUCUGCCCGGGGUCUCCACGGCGACCGGGCUGGGUGCCCUGAGGACAGCAGAGCCCAAGCCAGCCGCCGGGAGCUGGAGUCCCGCGCCACCUCACUGCUCUUGGGCUUUGAAUUUGAAGAAGGACCUGUUUUGUGGGGGCCCUGGGAAGCUUGCGAUCAGGGUCCCAGAGCAGCAGAACAAGAGCAGCCCAGGUCGGACAGGCCCGGCCCCCAGAGGACCCGAGGAGUGCCCAAGCGGGUGUACGAGCUCCCGGGCCCGGCCCUGGGGGGCUCAGAGCAGGGUGUGCUGCCCACCCGGGAGGGCGCCGGGGAGGGAUCUCCUCCCGCUCGAGAGCAGUAG